ACGCGAGUGUUGUGUCUUGUGUCAGUCGAGUGGAGCAGUUUGCCAGCAACGGACGGGGCCAUGGAUCCUCCACAGAAGUCAGAUUACAGCGCGGAAUACUUCGAGAAAGCUCUGGCCAAAGCUCACAUAAGCCCCAAUUUAAGCGUGCAAAGCUUUCACAUCGAGGCUCUAAGCCAAAAUGGAGAGAACUUUUGCAGCGUCAUCUACCGCGUGGUAGUGGAAUUUCGCAAGACAGCCGACGGCCCCCUGGAGACGGGGCGCUACAUCAUCAAGGAUUUGCUGCCUGUUGUAGCCGAGCUGGGGACCAACGAGAAGACCAUGUUUGAGGAGCUGCUGCCAGCCAUGGGUGACAUACUCGGAAGUGCCCCACACAGUCUGGGCGAGCACAAACUGGGCGCUGAUUGCCUCUUGGCAGAUGCAACCAACGGCAAGGAGGUGUACGUGCUGGAGGAUCUUGGCGCUUUAGGCUAUGCCUCAAUGGAUCGCUUUCGGGGUCUGGGUCUGGAGGAUGCACAGAUUUGUCUGCGAAAGAUGGCUCAGUUCCAUGCCGCUUCGAUGAUUUUGUGCCAGCAAAAACCCGAACUUGUGGCUAAGCUUUCGCCCUCACACUAUGCCGAGGGAGUGUCGGAUCCCUUUGCUCAGCUGAUUGUGAUCGGUGGAACCGAAUACGCGGCCGAUGUGCUCUCCCAAGAGCUGCCGCAGAUAGCUAAGAAAAUGAAGGCCCAGAUACCAGAGGAAUACUCGAAGCGAAUCAGGGCCGUGGUUGAUCCCAAGAACUCUGCCUUCAAUGUGAUUGUUCAUGGCGAUCUGUGGGUGAACAACAUGAUGUUCGAUCGAAGCAAUGGCAAUGCCAUACUCGUGGACUUUCAGAACUGUUUCCUGGGCAGCCCGGCCAUCGAUGUGCAGUUUUUCUUCUACACCAGUCUGCAAUUGGAGGUGCUGCUGCACCAGCAGGAUGCACUGCUGCAGCACUACUACCACAGCCUCACCGAGACCCUGAAACUGUGCGGCUAUACCGGCUCUGUGCCCACCUUUGAGCAGUUAAUGGCUGAGAUGCAGCGUUGCUUGUAUUAUGGCUACUAUGCCGUUGCCUGUGAGCUGCCCAUCUGUUGCGCCUCCCCCGAGGCCAGUUCGGACUUCAAUUUGAACACUUUUGACAACAAACAGGCCUUGGAAACGAAGCGUCGCCAGCUCUUUGCCAGCGAGCGUGUGCGUCAGACGAUCAAAGCUGCAUUGUUGACAUUCGAGCAGCAGGGAAUACUGGAGACACCUUAGAAGAAGUGACUACAAAUGCAUUUUGGGAUUGUGCAUGCU